GCGAAUGUAUACGCACAAAAAAUGAAAAUUGGCAUUAAUCUAAUCGCGCGCAAUCGCGCGUCGGUGCAUGGUAGCUUUGGGUAUAUGUAUCUUGCCACUGCCCGCGCGAAACUGAAAAUCUACUAUAGACAAAAGCUGAACAAAGUCUUAUUCGUGUAACUCGUAAAUGAAAAUAACUGUAAAAGUGAAUUCCGUUUUUUCUGAAUUUGUAAAUCUAAAAGAAUUAUAAGUUUAAUUUUAGUUAUAUAUCAUCAAUUGUGUGUAUCUCUCAAUCACAUUACAACAUGAUUAAUGUAUUCAGUUUCUUUAAUGGUUUUUCCAUGCAAAAUGUGCAGCGCUUUAUUAACACACGGAAUUCACUUGUUUCCAUUGUGGCAAAAAAAAAACGCUUUCUAUUCAAAAUAAAAUACUAACGCACUGUACGCAUGUUAAAAAUUUACUAUUUGACAAAUCUAAAAUUUUGUGUACAAUGAUGUCUACAAUGAAUAUGAAAUGUCAAAAAUAAUAUCAAAUUUGCGAUCUGAGCGAUAUUUCUCAUCAAAUGUCACUUAUCCCCAAAACACCCCAUGGUUUAAUCCUUAGAAAGGAGGGCAAGAUUCAAGAUUCCUUGGAUUGUUUUCAGACUGCAUAUAAUGUAAAUUCGACAAACGUUGAUAAUAUUAAACAGAUAGCAAAAUCGCUAUUAAUAAUGGGAAGUCACAAACGCGCGAUAGACGCAUAUGCGGAAGCUGAGAAGAUAUCGAUUUUACCAGAUUGGGAAAUAUAUCAUGGCCUCGGCGAGGCUCACGUGAAAUUGAAUCAAUUACAAGAGGGCAAGAAACAUUUCAAAAGAUCAACGGAAUUAACCAAAAGUGAAUUACCCAAUAUCGAUCUCGCGAGACUCUAUCUUUCGGAUGAUAUGAUUCCAGAGGCUAGAAACGUUUAUACGGCAGCUUUGAACGGAAAUCCUCAGAGUAUAGAUGCAGCGACAGAACUGGGUCUCUUGUAUCUCAGAAUCGGAGAUACGCAACGGGCAUUUCAACAAUUUGGAGCGGCUCUGGCUCAUUCGCCUAAUUGCGUCAAGGCAAUCUUACCUAUGGCUUACAUAAUGCAGAAUCAUCGAGAGUACGACGUGGCCUUAUCGAAAUAUAAAGUUGCGGCACAGACCAUUCCAGAAUCUUCAAUCCUUUGGAAUAACAUUGGAAUGUGCCUCUACGCAAAACAAAAAUAUGUUGCGGUGAGUCUACCCUUUAUUUUUGUUCUCUUUCUAUUUUUUUGCCUUUACCUCUAUAUCGCUUUUUCAAAUAUCUCCUACUUCAGAGAGAGAGAGAGAGAGAGAGACGUACACAAUAUUGAUUCAGUUUAUAACAAUACUUAUUAAGAGACCGAGCGCUUU